AUGUUUGCUAUCACGAAGUAGGCAUUGUUUAGACAAUAAGCAAUGAAACUCAUGAAUAGAUUUGCUGUGGUUGCCAACAAUAAACCAGAAAAAGGACCAUCUCAAGGACAUCUGACUGAUAAAUACACAGUCAUCGAUCACACUUAUGAUGCAGUAGUUGUAGGAGCAGGAGGAGCUGGUUUAAGAGCCGCCUUUGGUUUAGUUGAAUUAGGUUUUAAGACUGCAUGCAUAUCUAAGCUAUUUCCAACUAGAUCCCACACAGUUGCCGCCUAAGGAGGUAUUAAUGCAGCUUUAGGUAAUAUGACUGAAGACGAUUGGAGAUGGCAUGCAUAUGAUACUAUAAAAGGAUCAGAUUGGUUGGGAGAAUCAAGAUGCUAUUUACCUAUAUGUGCAAAGAAGCCCCCUAAGGCAGUUUAUGAAUUGGAAAGUUAUGGUUUACCAUUCUCUCGUACUCCUGAAGGCAAAAUUUAUUAAAGAGCAUUUGGAGGUUAGAGUUUGAAGUUUGGAACAGGAGGAUAAGCUUAUAGAUGUUGUGCAGUGGCUGAUCGUACUGGACAUGCUAUGUUACACACACUGUUCGGCAGAGCUUUAGGUUACGAUUGCAUUUUCUUUGUUGAAUAUUUUGCAUUAGAUUUAAUGAUGGAUGAAUAAGGAGCUUGCAGAGGAGUUGUAUGCAUGUCAAUGGCAGAUGGAUCAAUCCAUAGAAUUAGAGCUGGAUAUACAGUCAUUGCAACUGGAGGUUAUGGAAGAGCAUUCUAAUCAUGCACAUCAGCACAUACUUGCACUGGUGAUGGUGGUGGUAUGACCAUCAGAGCUGGUUUACCCAUGGAAGACUUAGAAUUUGUAUAAUUCCAUCCUACUGGUAUUUAUGGAUCUGGAUGUCUUAUGACUGAAGGAUGUAGAGGAGAAGGAGGUAUUCUUAGAAAUUCAUUGGGUGAGAGAUUUAUGGAAAGAUAUGCUCCUACUGCUAAAGAUUUGGCUAGUAGAGAUGUUGUCUCUAGAGCUAUGACUAAAGAAAUCUUAGAAGGAAGAGGAGUUGGACCAGAAAAAGACCAUAUUUAUUUACAUUUAAAUCAUUUACCCUCCUGA